CAGCCAGCAGUAGGAGCUGAACUCCCUCCAGUCCAGCAGGGGGCGAUAGUGAGGCUCCUCACAUGCGGCGCUUCUCGACGAAGAAGUGGUCCGAUGACGCCACGGAUAAGAAAUGACAGGUAUUUUUAAGAAGCAUGUUACUGGGGCAGAAUAACAGCUACAAUGUCAGGUUUGUUGGCGAGGGUUUUAUUUUAUCCCACUCUGGCUUACAAUGUGGUGAUGGAGAAGAUCUCGUCUCGGCGAUGGUUUGAUCGCGUGGACCAGACCGUCAUCCUCGGCGCUCUUCCAUUCAGAUCCAUGACUGAAGAGCUGGUUCAAGUGGAAAAUGUUCGAGGGGUGAUAACGAUGAACGAAGAAUACGAGACAAAGUUUUUCUGUAAUUCACCAGAGGAGUGGAAAGCAGAAGGUGUCGAGCAGAUCAGACUCAGCACAGUGGAUCUGACAGGAGUUCCCAGUCUGGAACACAUUCACAGAGGAGUUGAGUUUGUUCUGAAACACCGUGAGCAGGGCACCAGUGUCUACAUCCACUGCAAAGCAGGACGCUCGCGCAGUGCCACCCUGGCUGCUGCAUACCUCAUCAGGAUCCACUGCUGGAGCCCAGACAAGGCCUGUCACAUGCUGGCAGCCGUCCGGCCGCAUGUCCUGAUCCGCUCUGCUCAGCGUGACAUGCUAGACAAGUAUCACCAGCAAGUGUGUGGAUAAGAUUCAUGCUGUGUAUAAUAGAAGAGAUGUGUGUUCCUGUGGUCUAGCUGGUGGCUUGUUUGCAGUCAGCAUGUUUUUUUUCUGGUCUAAGCUAGUCUUUUUUCUGCAUUAAAGAGGUUUUUCUGAAACUAUGUUCACGUAUGCACAUGGUCAAAAGUUUGUGGACACCUGACCAUCUCACCCAUAUGUGAUUGUUGAACAUCCCGUUCCAGAUUUAGUCUCUUCUUUGCUCUUCUGGGAAGUCUUACCACUAGAUUUUGGAGUGUAGCUGUGGGGAUUUUUGUUCAUUCAGCCACAAGCGCAUUAGUGAGGUCAGACACUGAUGUCAGGUGAGGAGGUCUGGGGUGCAUUCGGUGGUCCAGUUCAUCCCAAAGGUGUUCAGUGGGGUUGAGGUCAGGGCUCUGUGCAGGACACCAGAGUUCUUCCACUUCAACCUUCUCAAACCAUGGCUUCAUGGAGCUCGGUGUGUGCACCAGAGCAUUAUCAUGCUGGAGCAGGUUUGGGCUUUUUAGUUCCAGUGAAGGGAAAUUGUAACGCUACAGCAUACAGAGACAUUCUAUACAAUUGUGUGUAACACAAUUUGCGGCAACAGUCUGGGAUAGAACCACACAUGGGUGUGAUGAUCAGGUGUCCACAAACCUUUGGCCAUAUAGUGUAUGUAUUUAUGUCUUUAUGUGCUGUCCACACCAAAAAAAAAACAAAAAAAAAACAAAACAAAGAUGACUGUAGACUGUCUUUUUUUUUUUGUACUCAUCUCUUAAAUGUCAAACCAAUUCAAUAUUUUAGAACAUGUUCUACUAUAAACUCUUCAUGUACAUAGUAGCUGUGCAUAAUUGCAGUUCAUGACACAGUAAUGUGUAUUUUGCAUAUUAAAAUAAAAGAAACAAGUGUGUAGGAGUGGGAAA